CCAAAAGCCACUUCUCUCUCUCUCUCUCUGAGUCUAUGAUAUAUUACCCAGUAGCCCUCUCUAUCUCCUUCACAUCAUUCUCUCCCAAAAGGUGAAGAUCACCAUACAAAAGCGGAAAAAAGAAAACAUAUAGAUAUUUUGGGAAGAAAUUAAGGGUAUUAGGAAGAAGAUCAAUAACAAUGGCUAGAGUUCCGGUGAGGUUUGAGAGGUUAGCGGAGGCGUUUCAGGACGUGUCAUGGGUGCGUCUGGGCGAGAGCAGCGGGAGCGAGCACUCGCCUUUCACCGAUUUAUCGGAUCUUGUGAACUCUUUCAUUGAAAGAGACGGUGGAGCAUUUGAUAGAGAUCACGACAAAGAGGUUGUGGACCAUGAGAAGGAGCAGAACCAUGCAGAGUCGUCGGAUUGUUCCGACUCCGAGACCAAGGAUAUGCUAAAGAACCUGUUUGGUUGCGAAGACGAUGAUGGUGAUCGUGAUCAGAUUCGUGCUGCAACAGAGCUUGCAAGCAAAGGGCUGAUCGGCGACAGGUCGUCUCCGGGGUUUAAACGACAACUGAUGGCUCGUCUACGUGACAGGGGUUUCGAUGCCGGCCUUUGCAAAUCCAAGUGGGAGAAAAACGGACGAUUCCCAUCUGGAAAUUACGAAUACAUUGAUGUAAAUGUCUCUGGGAACCGAUACAUCAUUGAAGUUUUGCUUGCCAGAGAAUUUGAAAUUGCUCGUCCAACCGAUAAGUACACGUUAUUAUUGGAUGUUUUCCCGCUGAUAUUUGUGGUUAAAGUGGAAGAUUUGAAGCAGGUGGUGAGGCAGAUGUGCAAGGCCAUUAAAGAGUCCAUGAAAAGCAUGGGCAUGCAUGUACCGCCAUGGAGAAGAAGCGGUUACAUGAACUCCAAGUGGUUUAGUUCUUACAAGCGGACAACCAAUGAAGUUCCAACAGGAAAAGCACAAUCUGAUGAGGCUUUCGCCGGAAAACGAGCAGUUGGGUUUGAGGCAUUGCCUGCGAUAUCCCACUAUUGCAGAGAUAAUUGUGCAAGGAAGGUUGGUUUAAGAGUUGGGAAUUUGGUUGCUGUGCUGAAUGGCAAUGGCAGCAUGGGCAUGAAUUACUUGUAGAGUUAUAUUGCUUGGUAGUUCCAUGUAAAGAAAAAUUGCUAGGAUUGGUAUAUUAUUUGGUGGCUGGGGGAAGGGUGUUUACAGUUUUGAGUAGUGAUUGGAUUGGGUGUGAAAGAAUGUUAGUGGGAUUUGUAGCAUAGUCAAUUUGGGUUUUAUGUUCAUAGGCAUGCAAUAGUAGCUAUUUUGAAUCUUGUAGAGAAAUAAAAUAUGCAUUCUUUGCCUUUUU